AUGGGUCAGCAAACUUCAAGGAAAAGCGGGGAAUGUACCUGCGGAUGCGGGGCCUGGGAGCGCCGACGUUACGCCGAGUCUCCGAGCAGUGUACACAGAUAUGUCAGCGCCGUCACAGACAGGUGGAGCGGGCGCGAGUGCUCGUGCCGGCGGCGGCGCUGGCGGCGCGCGGCCUGCGUGUGCACCGCCUACCGCCGCGUCAGCGACGACAGAUUGGCCGCUGUGCUGACUCUUGGUGCGAGGGACCUGAGGCGGGAGUUAGACGCUAUUGUCAUAAAUACAGAAGGUGACACUACCAGAGACAACGGGGAGCCGACAGCGGAAGUCUAUGUUUUAUCUGUGGCUCCUAGAACAUCGGAGAGCGAAACAGUUCAGGAAGGCAGACGGAACGAACUCACCCAGACGAACGAUGCCAUCCGGUUGCAUCCUCACUUCCAGGUGGUAUGUGGCAGUGAGCUCCGCGCGCUCCUGAUCCGCGCUCCCCCCCUCCCGCAACCGCAACCCCCUCCCACCAAGGUUCACACGCAGGUGGACUAUAUCCACUGCCUCGUGCCAGAUCUACAGGAGAUCACGGCCUGCUCCUUCUACUGGGGCAAGAUGGACCGGUACGAGGCGGAGAGGCUGCUCGACAACAAACCAGAAGGCACGUUCCUGCUCCGCGACUCGGCGCAGGAGGAGCACCUGUUCUCAGUGUCGUUCCGCAAGUACGGGCGCUCGCUGCACGCGCGCAUCGAGCACUACCAGCACCGCUUCAGCUUCGACUCGCACGACCCCGCCGUGUUCGCCGCGCCCACCGUCACCGGCCUCAUCGAGCACUACAAGGACCCAGCGUGUGUGAUGUUCUUCGAGCCGAUGCUGACCGCCCCCCUCCCCAGGAGCGAGCCGUUCUCCCUGCAGCAACUGACGCGAGCCGUCAUCGUAUCACACACCAGUUACGACGGAGUAGAGAAACUUCCCCUGCCGGCUCGCCUUCGGCUGUACCUCAAGGAGUACCACUACAGACAACGAGUGCGGGUUCGACGCCUGGAACCGGACUUGUACGAGCAGCAGUUAUGUUGA